CUCGCACCGGACUCUCUCGACGUCUAUGUCGUGAUACAGGUGUGGAUUAGUGUCGACUUCAGUCAAAAACUUUUGCCGUAUUUCCGCGACUAUUGUUUGACCGUUCUCAGAAUCAUAGCCAACACGUGUAUAAAAAGGACUGGUCAUGAUAAGCACCAAGUUCACUACAUGUAUUGCACUGAAAAUGUGGACCAAUAUAUUGAAUAUAUUAAUAGCUUGAACACUACGUGGAAGGCUGGCAAAAAUUUUGAAAAUGGUUUCAGACCUGUACUAGGUGUUUUACCGCGUACUACACCUAUGGUCUCUGACGCGCACCCUAUUUAUGACACCAAUAUCGAGAUACCGGAGUCCUUUGACUCACUUAAACAGUGGUCCGAUUGUAUUACUAUCAAACAAAUACGUGACCAGGGAUGUUGUGGAUCGUGUUUCGCAUUUGGUACGACCGGGAUGAUAUCCGACCGCAUAUGCAUCCUAUCAAAGGGCAAACAACAGGUAGAGGUGUCUGCCGAGGAGGCACUGGCGUGUAGUAUAGGUGGCACCUGUAAGUACGGCGGUAGGCCUGACGAGGUGUACCACUACUACAUUGAAAAUGGUCUGGUGUCUGGCGGACCGGUAGGCGCUAAGACGGGGUGUCAGCCCUAUACCAUCAACCCGGGCAACCCUUGCGUAGAGAGCGCGCCCACCCCUGAAUGUCCCAAAGCAUGUAUACCCGGCUAUAAUCGUACGUUCACUCUGGACAAGCAUUUUGGCAAAUCGUGGCAUAAGGUUCCCGUGUUUUACGCCGAGCUUGAUAUCAUGACAUACGGGCCCAUUGUGGCUGAAUUUGACGUACGUAUAAAUUGUCAACAUGGUCAAAUAGUGUAUUAUCUAUUAGAUCUCAUAUUAUUAAGAUGGGAGUAUUCUGUAUAUGACAAUUAUUGUAGACUAGUGUACGAUGACUUUUAUCAUUAUAAAUCUGGCGUUUACGAUCCCCUAAUCACCGCAAAAUUUGUGGGUAGGCAUCUUGCUAAAGUAGUGGGCUGGGGCGUGGAAAAUGGUGCAAGGUUCUGGUUGGCGGCUAACUCAUGGGGGACAGUAUUUGGCGAGCAAGGUUAUUUUAAAAUUAAACGCGGCGAUUCUGUAGCCGCAUUUGAAGAGGCAAUGUCUGCUGUAUUACCUAAAUUA